ACAGUUCGCGGGUCUGACUGCUAGGGGCCAAAACUGCACGCUGGGAGCAGCUACGCGCCAAAGCGGUAAUACAGGAGGCGGGCAGUCCUGCAAUUAAUGCACGUAUUUAAAACUCCGGACCCAGUGGACGCCAUGCACAGGAAGCACCUCCAGGAGAUUCCAGACCAGAGUAGCAAUGUUAGCACCAGCUUCACCUGGGGAUGGGAUUCCAAUAAGACUUCUGAACUGUUGUCAGGCAUGGGGGUCUCCGCCCUUGAGAAGGAGGAGGUGGACAGUGAGAACAUUCCCCAGGAACUGCUCCCAAACGUGGGCCACCCACAGAGCCCCCUACGGAGAAGGCUGAAAAGUAAAGGAAAUGAUAAAGAUUUUGUGAUCAUCCGAGGUGUUUCAUGGGACUCCCUCCCAGAUGAGCUUCUCCUGGGGAUUUUUUCUUGUUUGUGCCUCCCUGAGCUGCUGAGAGUGUCUGGUGUCUGUAAGAGGUGGUACUGCCUUGCGUUUGACGAGUCCCUUUGGCAGACCCUAGACCUCACAGGUAGAAAUCUGCACCCAGAUGUGACUGGUCGUUUGCUGUCUCGAGGAGUGAUUGCCUUCCGCUGCCCACGAUCAUUUAUGGACCAGCCAUUGGUUGAACAUUUCAGCCCUUUCCGCGUACAGCACAUGGACCUGUCGAACUCCGUUAUAAAUGUGAAUACCCUCCUUGGCAUUCUGUCUCGGUGCACCAAGUUGCAGAAUCUAAGCCUGGAAGGCCUACAGCUUUCAGAUCCCAUUGUCAAUAAUCUUGCACAGAACUCAAAUUUAGUGCGACUAAACCUUUGUGGGUGUUCUGGAUUUUCAGACUCUGCUCUAAAGACUUUGCUAAGCAGCUGUUCCAGGCUGGAUGAGCUGAAUCUGUCUUGGUGCUUUGAUUUCACUGAAAAGCAUGUGCAAGUGGCUGUAACACAUGUGUCAGAAACAGUCACCCAGCUGAAUCUCAGUGGCUAUAGAAAGAAUCUCCAGAAGUCAGAUGUCUCUACCUUAAUUAGAAGAUGCCCCAACCUUGUCCAUCUAGACUUAAGUGAUAGUAUCAUGUUGAAGAAUGAUUGCUUUCCAGAAUUUCUCCAGCUCAACUACCUCCAACACUUGUCACUCAGUCGGUGCUAAAUACCUGAAACGCUACUUGAACUUGGAGAAAUCCCUACACUGAAAACACUACAAGUUUUUGGAAUCGUGCCAGAUGGUACCCUUCAACUAUUAAGAGAAGCCCUUCCUCAUCUGCAGAUUAAUUGUUCCUAUUUCACUACCAUUGCCAGGCCAACUGUUGGCAACAUAAAGAACCAGGAGAUAUGGGGCAUCAAAUGCCGCCUGUCACUGCAAAAGCCCAAUUGUCUAUGAAGUAUUUACUACAGGAUGGUUUCUUUUCUCCCUUUGGAAUGGGUGAAGCAAGGAAGCAGCCCAGUUGCUGGACACUUGGCUAGUUUUAUUACUGAUUUUCCUUUAGCCUUUAUCCUGCACGUAUUUUAGGGAAGCAUUUAAG